AUUUUGAGUGAACUGUAUGUGCCUAUACUUAUUGUUCCUCCUCAAGGAGAAGCUACGGUAGCCAUCUUGUUUUUCAACUGCGUAGUUAUGGCAUCUAGUUCGGAGGAUGAUGAUCGUCUGCAAUCAUCUGUCAACAUGGAUGAGUUGGGAGGAUGAUGACCGUCUGCAAUCAUCUGUCAACAUGGAUGAGUUGGGAGGAUGUGCAAGUGUUUAAAAGCAGCAAUGAACUGACAUUGAACAAGAGUUUCAGUGCUACGUCCACAAAAGACAUAAAAUUACACAGUGGCACUUCUCGAAAAGUGCUUACAUUGGUACCCGAUAUCAGAGUCCCGGUCUAAAGAGUGAGCUGGUGGAUCGUCUGUACCAACACCUACUGUCUGUUGAGGGAGGUGGUGUGUGCAAGAUGAAUGAAGACGUUGAUGAUAAACCUGUCAGCCUUGGUGGAGCUGAAGUGAAACCACCAGGAGAACAGAAAGAUGGAGGGGUGGCUGGGGGAGGAGUGGCAGACCAGCCCCCACUCUCUCAGCAGGAUGAGCAGAUGCAGCAGGAAGACAUGGUCAUGGAGGAGGAUGAAGAACCAACUGAGGACCAGGGCCAGAAUGAACUCCUCAGGAAGGCAAGAGAACAGGAAGAGAUGCUAAGCCAUCAACGGCAGAUGGACGAAGAGCGUGUGAUGCAGCACAAGGUACGGGAACAACAACGUCUUCUUGAACAGCAAAAACAACAGGAAGAUUUAUUUCGCCUGCAGCAAGCUGCCUUUAUGGAGAGACAAAGAGAAGAGCGUGAGAAAGAGGUGCAGCUCCUAAGGCUACAGCAAGAGGCUUUGAAGCAAAAGGAAGAAGAAAAUAUAAAACUUCCGCCACCACCAGGGGUACCUCCUGGUGUUUCACCACCUGCACCACGUGUGCCUAUUCCUUCAACAGUUGGAUCUGCACCAGCUAGUGCGGGCACAGUUCCAGUCCUGGGCCCACCAGGGGUCAAAGCAUCAGUGGUUGUACCUCCUUCACCAUCUUUUGCACCCCGACCCCCUGGACCAAUACCCGUAGGUGGACCGACAGGGUUCUCUGGUCCUGGUACUGGUCCUGUACCCAGUGCUGGGUUGUUGGGCCCAGCACCAGGAUCAUCACCAAAGUCUACUGCUCCUCCACAACAGCCUCCCCUCAGGCCUCCUUUGAUGCAGUCAUCCAGUCCUCGUACACCUGCACCCAUGACUCCACAACGUCCACCACCAGUGCCCAUGCCAAACUCUUCUAUUAGACCCCCAGGUGCAGGACUUUUGGGUGCAGCUCCCACACCAAUGGCUCCUCCAGGAGAGAGCCCAGACAAAGGAGAAAAACCUCCACCUCUGAUGUCACUGCAGGUGUCAGCCCCCAAGGAAGAAGCACCUAGAGAAGUUAAACUUCCUCAGGCUCUUGAACAAGCUCUUGCCUUCAAGACAGAGAGAGCCAAACAGGUUGGUGUGAACCCAGAAGAUAUGGAGAAAGUAGAGAGAGAGGGUCUAGCCAGAAUGGAUGAACAAGAGAGUCAACCUCCUCCACCUCGAGCCCCAGUUUCUAUUGCAAAAUCCCAAGCACCAUUUAUGCCUCCAGCCUAUGAGGAAGACGAUGAGGAAAUUUCAGAGGAGCCUAAUCAGAAAAACAAACAGGAGAAGAAGAAAAAGAAAAAGAAGAAGAGGAAAAGUCGCCACCGUUUCCAGGACGAAAUAGACCGACAGAGAAAUGAACUGUUGAAACGAGAAAAAAGUGAUGCAGAUGACCCUAACAUAGAAAUUGAGUAUAUCCAAGAUUCAAUUGAAUUAGAUAUUGGAGAUCCAAACUACCGCCACUUUUCAAAGAUUUUUGAGGCAUUCCGAAUUGCUGAACCUGAACCAAAGAUUGAGGAGGAGAAGAUAAUUCCAAAGACAGAGAUGCCAUUGGUUGACAUUAAUAAAAAGAUUGGACCUAAAGUACCAGGCAUACCACUAGACGAUGAUGAUGAUGACGACGACGACGAUGAUCUGAAGAAGGAUGACGAUGAUAAACCAAAACUUUCUAAGCGGAAAAUGAAACUCUUGAAGCGCAUGAGCAUAGCCGAGUUGAAGCAGACUGUUAGUCGUCCAGAUGUUGUUGAAAUGCAUGAUGUAACAGCUAAAGAUCCAAAAUUGUUAGUACAUCUUAAAGCCACAAGAAACACUGUACCUGUGCCUCGCCAUUGGUGCUUCAAGCGAAAGUAUUUACAAGGCAAGCGUGGUAUUGAAAAGCCACCCUUUGAACUACCCGACUUCAUCAAGCGCACAGGCAUUAUGGAAAUGCGGGCAGCACUACAGGAAAAGGAGGACCAAAAAACUCUGAAGGCAAAGAUGAGGGACAAAGUAAGACCUAAAAUGGGUAAGAUUGAUAUUGAUUAUCAGAAGCUUCAUGAUGCCUUCUUUAAGUGGCAGACUAAGCCUAAGAUGACGAUACAUGGGGACUUGUAUUAUGAGGGCAAGGAGUUUGAGACAAAAAUGAAAGACAAAAAGCCUGGGGAAAUGAGUGAUGAUUUAAGGAUUGCCCUUGGUAUGCCAGUUGGUGCCAAUGCUCAUAAGGUUCCUCCCCCUUGGCUGAUUGCUAUGCAACGUUAUGGUCCUCCUCCAUCCUACCCAAAUUUGAAAAUCCCAGGACUUAAUGCUCCUAUACCAGAAGGCUGCAGUUUUGGUUACCAUGCAGGUGGCUGGGGUAAGCCUCCUGUUGACAAUAUGGGUAAGCCUAUUUAUGGUGAUGUGUUUGGCACUCAGGGCAAAGACUUUGAUACACCUUUAACAGAAGAGGAAGUAGAAAGGACAUUGUGGGGUGAAUUAGAGAGUGAAAGUGAAGAGGAAUCAGAAGAGGAGAGUGAGGAAGAAUCAGAUGAAGAUGUUAGUGGUCUUGUAACUCCAGGUGAAACUGGUCUUGUUACUCCCUCAGGCAUCAGCUCCCUUCCUGCUGGUCUUGAGACUCCUGAUAUGAUUGAAUUGAGAAAGAAACGCAUGGAGACAGAAAUGGAAGGAGGUGACACUCCCGCUUUAUAUACAAUUCUUCCUGAGAAACGAACAGAGACGAUGGGCCGAGCAAUGAUGGGCUCCACGCACACUUAUGACAUCGGUGCAGCUACAGUCAGUGGAACCACCAGCAGAUCAGCCACACAGGGAGUAGAAGUGGCCCUCGAUCCCUCAGAACUUGACCUCGUAGACACAGAUGCUAUGGCAGCACGUUAUGAAGCCACAUUGAGAGAACAGCAAAAAGGAGAGGAAGAAGACUUCUCUGAUAUGGUUGCUGAACACGCAGCAAAACAACGCAACAAAAGACGGAAACAACAACAAGAGCAGAAUAAACCAGCCAAAAAAUAUAAGGAUUUCAAGUUCUGAGGUAAUUUAUAUAAAAUUACUUGGUUGAUUUAUUAAAUACUUUUAGGGGGACGAGUUCAUUUGUAGUGGGAAAUUUACUGAAGAUGUUAAUAAAUAUGAAUCAAGUUAAAUGUCAAAACAAAUCUCAGUACACAAUAUUUUCAUUAUGUAUCACAAAAUUCUCAAUGACUUAGGUGAGUAAUGUUAGGUUUAAGUGAUUAAAUUUUAAACACA